GUUGCCGGCUGCGUUCGCUGGUGCUGUGUGUGGCCGUCUCUGCUCUGUGUUUACUCUUUGCAUGUCCAAAAGUCAUGGAUGAACCUACCGCUGAGCAAACAUACAGCAUUCGUGCGUCCAGUCUGUCAAAUCGGCGCGGCUUUGAUAAAGAAACCACUGCGGCUGUGGAAUAAUUCCAACAGGAGAGGUGAGGAAAUACUGACAACCUGAGUGUUCAGGUUUGGAGUCCAAAGUCAAGCCGAGCUGACCUCCAUACUGUCAGCCUCCAGAGACUCCUGCAGCCAUCCUCUCUGAUCUGGUGACAAAAUGGCCUCAAGACAGGGAGACAUUCCAGCACUUGAGUCAGGCACAUCUUCUGGACUUUUCGGUGCCUUAUCGUCCCCUAUUGGAAUGACUCGGCGCAACAUCGACUAUGAUGAGCACAUGGAUGCGCCCAUGCAUUCACCACCUCCAGACUUGGCUGUCAACAUCUUAUGGAGAGAACCGGUUAUCCCACAGCACAAGUUCAGGAACACUGCAGAGGAAGGUGAGAGUGGUGGGAAGCUGCUGACUUUUGAGGCAGCAGCACCAGCAAAGUCACCAGUGCCUGUGGUGAAAGCCAAAGCCACAUCUUUAAUGAGCUCACUUAUGAUCAAGCAAACCCAGGAGAAUCUCCAGAGGUUUGAGCACCAGGCAGGGCUGACAGACGCUGGGUAUUCUCCCCACAAGGGCCUCUCUGCUGAGGAGACUCGCUUUCAUCGACUGGGUGACGGCACACUGCCAAAGUUGAGAAUGCCAAGUGGGGACUUCAAGGAGGACAGGCUUACAACAUCAGCACAAUCCACCCCAAGUGGCACCCCUUCUGUCACUCCCUCCGUCACCCCCAGUGUCACCCCCUGCGUUAGUCCCCACACAUCACCGGCUGUUAGUCGCAGGAGCUGGUUCCAGCUGAGUCCUGCGCCUUUUCUUGCCACUUCAGAGCUCAGUCCAAACCCUAACACAGACAUGGGAGGAAAUGAAGGAGGAGGAGGAGAGAGGUGGAGCUUCUUUGGAACUCGGUCUGUGGUACAGAAGUCCCCCACUGACCCAGGUUCUGAUACCAGCACAGGCUUUUCCCUGCAGUCCUACUUUGGCCUGCAGAAGUCCUCUACCAUGGAUGGCACUAACACCCAGGUCAACCUCAAGGUGGAGGACCCUGCCAACUUCAUGGCCCCCAAGAUUGAAAUCUCGGGCAUUGAGGCCAAGCGGGUGCCCCCACGGCCACACAAACUUAAACCUCGGGACAUGAAUGUUUUAACACCUUCGGGCUUCUGAAGCCAGACCAGCUGUGUAGUUACAUCUCUCUACCACACCCUUCGUAGUUUAUUUUUUCUCUCCAUCAUUUGCGCAUUUGCUUCCCUGUCUUCCUCAGUCCCCUCUGCCUUCGUGUAAAUUCGCUGUGGCUGAGAGGAAUAAGGACCACCUGUAGUAUUAGCUCACCAGCCCCAGAGACAUCGCUGCACUGUUACCCCUCCCAGCAGGCCUCCUCAGAUGGAUUCCUGUCUUCUGUUAAUCCACACCAUCCCCCCUCCAUCUCUUCCAACUCAUUGGUCCAAAUAAAACGCCAAAUGAAGUAACUUCAUUUGUCAUCCCUAAAGAUGGUACCUGUUGUUCUGUCACGCAGUGAGGGCAUUGGUGUUGCAUACGCAACGCCUCGCCGUCCUCAUUCCAUUGUCAGUGGUGGCAUGAGAUUGGAGUCAUUGAAAUAUCUUGUGAGUCCCUCGCUUAAUGUGAUCACUUUAGCAUUGCCUCUCAUACUAACAGUGGCCAGCUAUUUUAAGUCAUAAUUCUCAGUUGCCUCAUUUGUAAAAUUAUUAUUAUUAUUUUUUUUUGUUUUAAAUGAUCUCACAGAUUUGUAGUUGUGUAGUGCUUCUCUCUGUUAGCAUGCAGAGUAUAGUGUGGUAUGACUGAUAUUGUGCCUGAAUUUGCAGUGUUUGCUUUUGGCUUUUUAGCCAUUUAAGUUCAGCUUCUGUUUUUGAAUUACGUGAAAGAGUGUCUUAUUUUACUUUGUAAGAGUAUGACUGCGGACCUGAAGUGAGAUAUAUUUUUAUCAUUAUUAUUAUUAUUAUUUUCCAACUUAGGUAUUUUCAUAUUGUUCUGCUUUAAUUUAGAAUUGUUCAUUCUAAAUCGUAGGUAGCAUAUUGGGUUUAUCACAUUUUUAUAUUGCAUCACAAAAAAUACACAGAAAAUACAAAGCAUUGAAGCGGUCAUUUUCAAUUUUUGAUGUUUGUGUGUCACAAGCCAAGAAUCCCUGCUGUUUGAAAAAGUUGAUGAAUUCCAAUAAGUAAUUGCACAAGGGAGGUUUUCUCCCACUCCACACAUCUGUAAAUAAAUCAGACAGUAACAAGCAAAA